AUGGCUGCGGCUAUAGGGCAGACCAAAGCGUUCGUAAACGCGUUGACCCCCUCACCUCCUCCUUCCAUCCUCACCUCAAGCGCCGCACAAGGAAUGCGCCCCCUUUCCGCAGCACCACCGGCAGCAGUAGCAGCAGCAGCAGCAGCAGCAGCUCCCGCCAGCAAUGCGCUACCUUUCCCCAACAUCACGCUCCCCUCGCCUAGCAAUUUCCGCCGCCCCUCCGUGCUUCCGCUCUUCCCCCACGCCUCGUCCGUGGGCAGCAGCGCGCAUGAGUCCGCCUCUAGCCGCUUCCCCGUCCCCCUUCCGCGCUCCCCAUCCAUCAAAAAGCCCCUGCCCCAGAACCCCCUUCCCCAAAGCAACCUUUCUCAGAACACCCUUCAACAGAACAACCUUUCCCAGAACCCCCUUCCCCAGAGCAACCUUUCCCAGAACCCCCUUCCCCAGAGCAACCUUUCCCAGAACACCCUUCCCCAGAACAACCUUCCCCAGAACCCCCUGACCCAGCAAUCCAGUGGAGUGUCGGCCCAGGCUGUCGAAUUCGCGGUCGCAGCAGCUGCAGCUGCUGCAGGGAGUGCGGGUGGUGCAGGUUCAGCUAAGGUAGGGCCAACUGGAGCGAGUUUAGGUGGUGCUGCUGCUGGUGGGGCAGGCGGUGGGCUUGGGCAGUAUCUAGGGCAGCAGCAGCAGCAGCAGCAGCAGCAGCAAACGCCGCAGCAGCAGCAGCAGCAGCCCAACCCCCUCUUCCCCGUGUUUCCUUCGUCUGGGUCUAUUUCCUCCCCCCCGCCCCCCCAGUGGGCGCAAGGGGUGCUCUCCGGCGGACUGACGGCGCAGCAGCAGGCGCAGGUGCAGCAGGAGAUGCAGCGGUUGGAAGCUGGCCAGAGGGGGGGUGCAACCGGUGCAGGUGUAUCUGGUGCAGGUGGCGCUGCUGGUACUGGACCGUCCAGUGCGGUGCUGAACGGUGCUGGCGCUGUUGGCCCAGGGAUUGCUUUUGGUGGGGCGGCUGCUGGUACAAGUGGUGGCGCUGGCGCUUCAAAUGGUGGAGCUGCUACGUGUGGUGGGGUGGCUGCUUCAGGUGGUGGGGUGGCGGCGUCAGCAUGGGGCAAGCAGUACGGUGUCAACGGGGAGGUGCAGGUGAAGCUGGGGGAGGGUGGAUCUGGUGCAGGCGGCUCUGUGACCAUCCAUGGGCUGGCUGGGGGACAGGCAGAGGGCAUAGCUUCAGGAGAGGCAGAUAAGGCGGCAGCUACGGCUGGGGAAAAGGGGGAUGGAGGAGGCAAGGGAGUGGGAGGAGGGGAGGGAGGGGAGGGAGGGGAGGGAGGGGAGGGAGGGAGAGGAGGGGGGAGUGGUGGCGACAAGGGCGGUGGAGGAGGUGGGGAGGGAGGGAAGAAGCCACCAGUGAUUCAGAUUCUGCCUGGGGGGGUGCGUGUGUCUGGAGACGUGUUUCUGGAGUUCUCUAGAAUGGACUCAGCAGAGCUCUUUGGUGACCUCGCUGCCUUCUCUUCCCUUCCGCCCAAGACCGCUGCCGCUCCUGCCGCUGCUGCCCCUCCUGCCCCUGCUGCCCCUGCCGCUGCUGCCCCUCCUGCCCGUGCCGCCCCUGCUGCUGUUGUCCCUGCCCCCUCUGCUAGACCCCCUGCCCCGGCUGCCGCCCCCGCCCCUGCCGCCACUGCUUCUGUAGUCCCUCCUCCUGCCGUCGCUGUUGUCCCGUCUGCCUCUGCUCCUCCUGCCGUCGCUAUCUCUGGCAUGGCUUCCAUUGCAGCCUCUGCCCCAGACGCUGCUACCACAGGGAACCCAGCCCACACGGGCAACCCUGCUAUUUAUAGUAACCCUGCCAUGUGCGGGGUUUCGAGCCCGGGAACCCCAGGCCUGUCCCGCAGCUUCUCCGACAACCCGCUGCUUCGGUUUGCCCGGCUUGACUCCUCUGACCUGUUUGGCUACUCCCCUAGUGCCAAUAUGGCUAGCCCUGGCGGUUUAAGUUCGGGUGGGGGCAGUGCUGCUGCUGUAGUGGGGGAAACGGCUGAUCUGAAGGGUGAUUCGGCAGCGGCUGUGGCUGCUGCUGGUGCUGCAGAAGCAGCAGAAGCAGACGAAACUGGUCAACUGGGCGGUGGUGAUAAGGAGUGGCAGGAGACCAUGGGCAAGGGCGAGAAUGUUGGUAAUGGGAAUGGCACAGGCACAGGUACUGGCAACAGCAGCCUGAUGCCUGUGAAAUGGGGCGCGUUCAAGUCCCCUCCUGUGCGACCACCUGCUACCAUGGCAGCUGCAGCAGCCGCAGCAGCAGCAGUGAGGAGUGGGGAUGCAUACGGGGUGCAACCCUCGCCAGCUACUCGUUUCAAGGCCGGACUGACACUCCAGAAGGCCGCCAGGGAGCGGGAACAGAGCUCUCCCUCUCUCCUUCUCCCUGCAAGCCCAAACCGCCCCUACCCUCCCCUUUUCGCCUCACCGCCUGCCUCCAGCCUCCCGUUCCCUGUCUUGCCUCCUCCCAUCAAACCUCCUUUCUCGACUGCUACUGCUGCUGCUCCUCCUGCUGUUCACAGUGGUGGUGGUGGUGGUGGUGGUGGUGGUGGUGGUGGUGGUGGCGAUGGUGGUGGUGGCGAUGGUGGUGGUGGCGAUGGUGGUGGUGGUGCUCCUGCUGCUGCAUCUUCUGCUGCAGAUGCUGCCACUGCUGCUGCUGCUGGGGCUGACGGGGGUCGCUGGGAGUUGAAGCGAGCAACAGCGUCGGUGCUGCCGCCAGCCACAGAAGCAGCAGACGACCCGCUGCUGGUGAUCGCACAGGCGGAGAAAGCAGCCAUGGCUGCCGCUUCUGUCGCCCAUAUGCUUGCUGCUCAGGCAUCUUCUGCUCGCGUCCCCAGCCUCAAUCUCCAGUUCACCAUGGGCAACGGCAACGUCCCUUUCAACAUAGGCAGUCCGUCAGUCGCCGCGUAUCUCAGCAGCCCUUCCUUCGCCGCCUCCCUCGCCGCCUCUCUCCUGCACAACCCUGCCGACGCCUUCAGCCGCCAGAGCUCUGGCGAGCUCUUCGGCCGGCAGAAUUCGGCAGAUCUGUUCGGGCGGCAGAACUCGGCCGACCUCUUCGGGCGGCAGAACUCGACGGAUCUGUUCGGAGAGUCGCUCACGCCGUCCGCGCUCGCGGCCGCAGCAGCCAGGCUGGCUCGCCUCAGUUCCGCCGAGCUGCUUCAUCUCGCCGACUCGCCUCUCAACGCCUCGCCUCUCCCCUCCAUUUCCACCACCACCCCGCCGGUCUUUGGCAGCGGUUACUCUGGUGGUGGCAGCGAUGGCAGCGAUGGCAGGGGUGCUGCUGCUGGUGCAAUGGCAAUAGCAGCGGCAGCAGCAGCAGGAGCAGCAGCAGCAGGAGCAGCAGCAGCAGGAGGAGGGGCAGGAGUAGUGGGGGUAGCAGGAGGAGCGGGAGCAGUGGGGCAUUUGUCUGCUGAUGCGAGUGUCCAUGGCGAUGCUGCUGCUACUGCUGCUGCUUCGGCAGCGUCUGUUUUGGCUUCUGCUGGCGGGGCCACACGACCAAGCACUGGGAGCACUCGGUUUGCUGCAGAAGCUGCUGUGAAGUAG